AUGAUUCCUUGUGAGCCAAAGAGUCAGGAAAAUACAACAUUUCCAGUCAUGGAGGAUUAUAACAUGACAUUUACGGCUUAUGCCUGGAUAUUCGAAGAAUUUUACAAGAUCCUCCCCUACAACCACAAGGCACAAUGCAUGGAAGAUAUCAUGUCAUCGACCGGAGCCAUUGACGCGAUGUCGGAGGAAAUCAUCAAGCCGGCCCAGCAGUAUGAGAGCGCAAAAUCACAGGCCCCCACGGUGGGGUCUGUCACCGGCAUUCCAGACAGGGCAAAGGUCACAGAGAGAGGAAGUGACAUCAUGACAGGACCCAGCGAGACUUCCUCUACGACUUCGGAGAUGACUGGUACUUCUGGGGAGAUUGGAGGCACUGGUGUCAUUGGUGGGAUAGCCAAUGAUAAACAUGGUAGGAAAAACCCUCUAUCGCCUUCACAGCAGCGCAAGAAUGCAGGCGGGAACACCACUGGUAGUGGGUCAGAGACGAAAACAAGGGUGGGACCACCACCAAAGCUGCCUCCAAAACCUCCUGGAUUGCUAGAGAAGGUCAAGGAAUUUGGAAAAGGACCUCCUGUGAAACAGAAACCAGCCGUGCUUCCAAAAGGAAAGGGUACCAAGGAUCAGUCCACGAGUAGUUCACAAGAACCUUUGAGUCAGGAUAGACUAGGAAUGACAACGCUGAAUAGUACAAACUCUUCCAACAGUGUGAAGGACACUGGUGUUUCCGGUGAUGCAUCAUAUGUUGGUAAACCUAGUGGCAGGAACUCUCCAAAACCAAGCACAGGAAUGAAGCCGCCACCACCUCUUCCUGCACUUCGUAGCCCUGUCGCAGUGACACGCUCGCUGGCAGGGCAAGUGAAUCAAACGAAACAACUCCAUGAUGGUAUUCAACGCACCUGCAGCUCACCACCCGCAUCUUCAAACAAAACCGCAAACGUGACUUCCUCUAUAGACUCUGAAACCAAACACAGUACUGAACAUCCACAACAACCCCCCAAGGUCAUGUCUAGGGUGCAUAACAUUCAGGACCACCUAACACACCCUCACACAGAAGCCCCAGUGAUAACCAAGAAACUCUCUGUCCUAGAUCACCACAUCAAAGUGCGGGAAAGAGCAGCUGUAUUCGAAAAAAUUGUUCAGGGCAUAUCGGAGGAGACAAGUAUCGUCUCUCUGGAUAUAGAUGCUGCAGGGGGUAGGAAACGUUCUGCAAGAAAGCCGGAUGGGCCGGGUUCUCCAACUCUAAGUGCUGCCAGCGGGUCUGGAAACUUGGUGGAGAAAGAAGGAGUGGACACAACCCAUAAAAGUUUAUUGAUCAAGACGGAAUCGUUACCAGUGACUGGGCCUUCUCUUCCCAUUCCUCGCCCAAGAAGUAAUAGAACAUUAAUCACAGACUCUAACAAAGGAAGUAUUCAUAGUAAAGCCAACCGUCCAGUCCCCCAACCAAGAAUAAGCCUUGUUCCUAAAGACAAUACUGAUCCCAAUGUUGCUGCAGAAGCAUCAAACACUGACUCAGCAAAUCCUGAUGAUAUUUAUGAUGAAGUAUGUGAAUUUGCCCGUAGUGAUAUCAUUGCGUCGUUGGCAAACAGGGAAAGCGAAGUUAGCACAUGUACGGUGAGAUCGUCUGGUCAGAAUGAAGCAACGGAAAACAUUUAUGAGGAUACUCUCCUGCCCGAUACCUACAUGGAGAGUAUCCCCCGUCUCCCCCCUGACCCCCCUUCCCCCAGUCCUACCCCUCUCCAGAACACCUGUCAGCGCCAAUUAUCCCCCCUUCUCCCUGAGAGAGGGCCCCCCAUGAGAAGUGCGGCAGCAAAGGAAAUGGUCGUGACUGAUGAGUCGGCAUCGCGUGAACGCGGAAGCAUCUACGAAGUCUGCCUUUCCGAGGAUGACCAGAGUGACGAUAGAACAGCAUUGGUAGCAGACACAACAACGACAGAGGACCAAGCAACGCACCAGGAAAUGCCCGCUCAAACACCAGGGGAUCAAAUUAUACCUUCCAAAGAUGAAGAGGCUGAAACCAGUCUGGGAACCCAGAAGAUAUCUCGACAGAGGAGAAUUAAGAAAAGUGCCUCACUCAGCUUCAAAAUGAGAAAAUUAUCAAUCUGUAAAUAUGUGGCUUCACUGCAGCAGAGGGUUGCCGUCAAGAUGCGCUCGGCGGAGGGUUCUGGCUUGAUGCAGAGGAGGAAUGGAGAUUUGAAGAGACAGGGGCGCUCCUUGCAAGACGUCAACCAAGUGAGAGAUGCAGAGAAAGUUCAGAAGGCAGAAGAGAAUGGAGUUAAUGAUGUCACGCAACCAGUUGCACCUGAAGAACUCUACAUGUCUCUUUGCGAUGACCAAGGAUCGGACGGCAAUGAGUAUGAAGAAGUGCCUACCAUGAUGUCAUCAGAGGAGGAGCCUGAGAAAGAGGAAACAGCCGUGGUCAUGGAGAUGUCUUCUACCGUAGAACAACUGAAGGUUGACAAGGAGGAAGUUACUGAAGCACAGGAGGAAACAAAGGCUGACUAUCUUUACAUGGAAUUGGAAGAAGAGAGGAGAGAUUCUAUUGAUGACAUCUCCGAUGGCAACAUCCGAGACCGCGCAAAGACGAGUCCAGAGAGUGUCCGAGCUGCCGGAAGACAAAAAAUGAAGAAGAAGCGAUACAGCGAAGGUGCAUUUGAGGACUUUGUCCCGUUGUUUUUCAAGAAGGAUGCUCCUGAAGAUGGGGAGAGUACAAAGGACCAAGUUCCGAGAAGUAAGUCCCAGGGUUCCAUCUCAGACACUACCAGACCUCUGUCUGUUUCGACAGCAGUGAUGGAAGACAUCCGCUUGAUCCGCGCAGAACUCGACCGAAGGAAUGCUCGAAGGCUGGAUGACGAGAAAGAGGAAGAGGAGAAGGCGGCGCAGUUGGAGUCCCUUGAUCCGGCUGAUGGUGAAGAUACUGAUUCAUAUCAGUAUGUGACUGAGGUAAACUUUGGCAACGAGAACAUGUCUUCAGACGAGAGUUCCGACUAUGAGCAAGUCACUGAUGAUAUGAAGCAUGUUCAAACCUCUGGUGCAUCCUAUGACCUUGAGGAACAUCGUAGGACCUUGUCACGAGAUGGAUCACAUGUGAGUGGUGGUAGCGCCACCAGUGAUUACCUGAUGCUUUUUGAAGAUUGGAAGGCUGUGGAAGAGAACGGGCUGAUUGCAAGACGCAACAAGGGUUCCAAUGAGAAGAAGGAGAGGAGGAAGGUCUUUGCAACGGAUUCGUCAUCUUCUGAUGCCAACAUGACCCAGAGCACAACUCAAGGAUCUUUGGAUAUACAAGAUCUUUCUGAUUCACAGAUGAAUGAUGAAAAUGGAGUCUAUAGAUCAUUUGAUGCCCCCGGUAGCCCAGAAACACACCCAAAUGGGCACAAGAUGCUGAAACAAGGAGGAAUAUCAUUACCCGGGUUAGAGGUGACCCCGCCCAAGAUAACACAUCCGGUAGAAGCCCCGCCUCCUCCACCUCUCAUGAAGAAACCAUUGGAAAAGCUGCCGGUUUCAUCAAGUGGAUUUUCAAGAAAACCUUCUAGAUUUGUCGGUAAAGAACCUUUGUUCCAGAUUUACCAGGCUGAUCUACGAGUCAGGGAUUCCAAGGUGAUCCUGAGGCCGCGAGCCGCCCGAAGGAGUAAGAAGCCUCCCCUACCGGCCAGACCAUACCUCGCAAACAGGAAUCAACCACCACCACUACCCCCUCACCACCCCCAGGGCAAUAAGCCAAGUCUUCCAGCUGCCCCACCCCCACCCCUCCCAGCCAGGAACAAUUCAAACCUGUCAACCGUCUCGAACAUAUCAAACAUCACCAACAAAUCUCUCGCAUCAACGAACUCAUCAAAUAUCUCGCAAAAUGCCUUCAGCACAGAAAUCCGCUCUUCCCUACAGAAAGAGCUCUUCACGAAACUCAACACGUCGUCGGAGAUGUCGAAGAUCGAGAACUUCACGCCAAUCAACAACAACAUCCGCUCAGGCGACAGUCAUAAGAUUAUGGAUAACAGUCGUGCCUUUAGCGGGAACAGUGUUUCGGAAAACGCUAACAAUGUCGCGGAGACGUCGCAGUUGGACGAAAUGGAGGAUCCGACGUAUAUGUCGGGCAACGAUGAGGAGUCGUCGUCGACGAUGUAUUCAUGCGAGGAUGAAAGUUUGAGUGAGAUGGAUAGGAAUAGAACACAUGGGAGCAGUAUGGAGACAAGAUCCUCACAGCAGUCAGGCGAGGGCGCCAGUGAUGAGGAUCCUAUUUAUCAAGGAGGAUUAGGGGAUCCUAUAUACCAACCAGGAAUGGAAGAUGGAAUAUAUCAGUCUGGUAUGGAGCAUCCGACCUAUGGUGGAGGAGAAGGCGAGGACGAUGAUGGUUAUGACGAAUUCGAUGAUGACUUUGACGAUGACGACUACUACACUCCACCGCCACGUGAUGGUCCAGUCCGAGAGGGUAGUGUCGUAUUGAGGUCAUACUGGUGUGAGCUGCCAGAGGUCGUCAGUAGCGGACUCUUACAGAACCUGACGCAAGAGGAGAAGAAAAUGCAAGAAGCAUUGUUUGAAAUCAUCACCUCAGAGGCCUCCUACCUGAAGAGUUUGAAUCUGGUAGUCAAUCAUUUCUGUGAAGCACCUGGCUUACUGCCAUCAAACGGUGUACUCAAGAGACCUGAGCACCACUCUCUCUUCUCAAACAUUAAGACUGUGAGAGAUAUCAGUGAAAGACUUCUCCUUGACCUCGAGCAGCACCAGCAAGAGAGCAUCCUCCUUAGCGAUGUAUGUCGCAUCCUUCUCAGUCAUCUCAAAGAUCAACGCUUUGAACAAGGCUUUGUCACUUACUGUGCAAAUAACCAGUACCAAGUCAGGAUGCUUGAUCAGUUCAGGAAUAAUGUAGCUGUAAUGAAUGAGAUCCGAGAGUUAGAAGCCAGUCCUGAAUGCUGCUGUUUAGAUCUUCUCUCAUUCCUCAUGCUACCAUUCCAGAGAAUAACAAGAUUACCAUUGCUGCUGGAGGCUGUAAUAUCAAGAGCACCAGAAGGAAGUGAUAUGAUGUCUCAUGCUGUAGAUGCAUUCACUGCUGUCAGAACGAUGGCAGAGAAGUGCAAUGAAGAAGCCAAACGCAUGGAGAUGAUCGAGGAAGUUACCAUUCUAGCCAGGAUGUUGGAUUUCAAAAAGGAUGUCAAGAAAAUGGACAUCUCUCAGAGUUCAACGAUCGUCAAACGAGGUAUGCUGGACAGCAUCAUCUAUCAGGCCAACAUUCUUGGAGGAAAGAAGAAACCUACAACCAAAAGAAUUUACUGCAUUGUAUUCACUGAUAAAGUACUACUCGCCAAAGAAAAGGUCAAAGGAGAGCAGAAGAGGUUUGACGUGAUUGACUGGUGUCCAAGGAACCUGGUCCAAUUGACAGUGGUGGACCAGCCCAACAUGUGUUCUAAGCUGAUUGAUGGAGUUCCUCCAGACUGUCAUUGUAUCUUCACACUCAAUCUACUGCAGAACAACCAGAGGAAGACCAAUGAGUUCAUCCUUAACGCAAAAUCAUUGAGUGAGCGUCAGAGAUGGAUGGAUGCAUUUUGCCCACCGACUGAGACAGAAGAUGGAGAAAGGAUCUAUGAGUCAUGGGAUUGUCCUCAAGUUAUUUGCAUGACCAAUUAUGAAGCCAAAGAUCGAGAUGAAUUGACGUUAGAACAGUCAGACAGAGUGGAUGUCUACAAGAAGAUUGAUGGUUGGUAUGAAGGACAGCUGGUUGGUAGACGAGAGCGGGGUUGGUUCCCGGCAUCGUGUGUACAGGAGGUGGUCAACGACCACGUGAGGGCACGUAUCCUCAAGAAACGACACAAGAUCCUUUCCAUGUGUGAAGAGCAGAUACGACUAGCAAUGGCCGGCCCCAAAGUCAAAUGAGAUAAGAUGUCACUCGAUGUGCUUAACAUUGUAAAAUAGGGCAGGAGAGGCGGUCUUGCACAAUUUCCUGGAACCUGUAACUUCCUUACUAAAAGUUAGAUCCACGGAUCAACAAAUAAAUUAUAGGGAAAAGAAAAAUAAUUUAGCAAGUCAACAAUAGUCAAAACUGACUAGUUUGCCUGUUUAAAACAACAACAACUUAUUCAGACUGAUCUCACUUCUUACCUUGUUGGUUUACUAGUCACUUCAAUUGAGAAUCUAUAUAUGAUUACACUUGAGUGAAAAUAAUUCAUUUGAUUCAAGUUCUAAAUGAAUGACAGGUAACUUUGCCUACAUGUAAGUCAAGUGUAUUGGGACAAUAAAUAUCUGUUCCACGUAGAGGAGCAAUUUGAUUUUGAAGAAGAGAUAUUGAACACAUGUUUAGCAUAAUCUGCUCUUAAAAAUUUGCUUCGACUUGGGCAAAUAUUUGACUUACGGAAGGAUUUCUCAUGAAAGUUUGCCUGUAGGUUUAUUAUUAUUGGAAGAAGUAUGGAAGUAGGCCAUGCACUGAAUAUAUGUGUAUAAGUGCAUGAAUAAACUCAGUUAACUGCUGGGUGUAACUUGAGAUGUGUAUUGUGAUGGUAUUACCAUCCAGGGGACUUAUGGCUUUAAGUCCUAGCUGAAAGGAACUACAUGUAGGUAAAGGAUGAUUUAUUUUUAACUAUUGUUCAUUGAUAUUCAUAUCACCAACAAUCUUGGCUGAUAGGUAUUAUACAUCUGUGAUAUAUUUCUAAGGGCUGGCUCCCUUAAAAAAUAUAUAUGCUUGUUGAAAAAUUGAAAAUUAUUCUUUUGAUAUCUUGACCAAUAUUCAUGUCUUUCAUUUCCUUUCUCAUUCAUCAUUUCUUUAUUUUCUUUCAAUUUUCAGCAAUAUAUUAUGAAAUUAAGCCGCAUAGCAAUGAUUAUAGGGAGAGUUCAUUUUCACCUCUUUUUCUCUCAAUCUCAUACAUGUAGCACCUUCUCUCUUCCUUUCAUUCCAAAAGUGAUCGUCUUGUACAGAUGUUAUUUUCAAGCAAAAACCUUUAACAAAAAACAGGUCAUAAUGAAAUUAUUGAUAGAGGCUUUAUAUAUUCAAAAUAUAACUUUAAUCAUAGUCACCAUCAUGUGUCAUAUUCUGGUGAAUUUAAAAUACAUGUAUGGAUAGGUGAAUUAAUGUUGCAAAAGACUUGGAUUAUACAUCAAUGCAGGAAUAACACUAUUGGGGUAACAGAUGACAAUAUGAAAUUCUGAAAAGCAAAUGGAAGUGUAUGAAGAAAGUUUGUUUUAUACUUGUUGCUAAAUGCUCUGUCUUUCCAUUUCAAUUUUUAAGCUUGAUUAUAUCUUUCAAUAUAUCAGUUUCAAUGAUGUGUAUGGUCUUUCUAUAUCAACAUUGUCUUCCAACCUCAAACAAGGGAUUACAACUCAAGGAUGAUUAUGUGUUUAUUCAACAAAUAUUGAAUGCACUCUAUUUUGAUAUGUGUAAACAAUUAAUAAUCAGUACAAUUUUUUAUGAAUAAAAGAGGUCUUUCUAUGUAUGCAUUGUAAUUUUAAUGCUGUGACACAAAAGUCUGUUUUAAUAUCAUGGGUUUGCCUGCAAACUUAGGCAAUACAAUUUUCCAAAAAUAGAAUUGCUGCAAAUACCUUGCUUAUUACUUAUAUGUCUCUUUGAUAGAACAUAUAUUUUUAUGUAAAUGCUAUCUCUACAAAUCAUGCAUGUAUGCAAAAUUAUGAGAUUUAUGCAAUAUUACAAACAGUCAGUUUCCAAUUUUGAAUAAUUUCCAUCAUCGAAAUAUUCAAAGAAGCAACAUCAUUAUCAAAAGUCAUAUCAAAUAUAUGGAUCAAAAGUUUUGAAGCAACAUACAUAAUUGAUGACAGGAUGUGAUUUUUAUUGGAGAUAUAUUUCAAUGGGAAAAAAUCAUGAGGAUUCAAAUAUAUCAUUAUUUUGUAAUUACAUGUAUAACUAAAUUUGUGGGAUAAUAUGAGAACAUUGUGAAUAGCAGAUUGUAUAUAUUUUGUCAUUUUAAUUUUGAUAGAGAAUAUAUUCAGAUGGCAUGUGUACAUGUAUGAACCUACAAAAUGUCACUGGGUGUGUAUAGGUUCUCUCCGUGAAACGUACAUAUACCCGUACCAAGGUGGACCAAAGCGUACCGCUGCUACUUUUCAUAUUUUAUUUUAUUUUUAAAGAUAAACAUCAUUUUAAUAUAAUUAUGUAAAUCAGUAUAUACAAAAUACAGUGUACAGUUUGAAUUUUUUAACAAAAGGGACUUAUCACACCCAAUGAAUAACUUUUUUGUCAUUUUCCAUGUCAUGUCUAUAUUUGUAAAUAACUUCAUAUUUCCAAACCCAUUUAUAUGUAUAUAAUUGGUAUAAACAAUAGGUUGUAUAUACACAUUCAUCAAAGUCAAAAUCUGUACAUCUACAAUGUAGUCUAGCGGAUAAAGGCCUUAAGUGUCAAAAUGCUCAAUGUCUAGCACUUAGGGCUUUUAUCCAUUUACAUGUUCUUCAUCUUUUGUGUCCUAUUGACCAGCUGUUGAGAGCUAGGGGGCGUUAUUAGAGACUAUGUACAUUGUAAUAUUGCCCUCAAAGCUCCAAACAGGUUAUAUUUUCUUUCGGGUGAGAUGGUGCAAUUCAUCGGCUGUAUAUUUUAUUUCUGUCCAAGGGACUUCAUUUUAGAAAUUAAUAUAUGGCAGUGAUGCCAGGAAAAAAAUUAUUGGAUUCAUUAUAAUGAAUGAAAUAUCUAUCUUUAUGAUAUACUGCUUUUAUUCAAUAAUAAAUCAUAUCUUUUCAUAAUGUA